UGGAAAGUGACAGCUGGUCUUUCCUCUUGUCUACGAAACAUGUCACUCACGGUCACUCUACUCAUGCAGUGAAAGCAUGGUUCUCAGUCCUUUGAAGUGAUUCAAUAUUGGCACAAACUCCUCAACGACCCGUGGACAAAGGAUGUACAUCCUACCUCUCCUUGGGUACAUCGGCCUGGUGAUGGGGUUUGGGUUUCUCACCCUCUCCAUUGCCUCUGGUCUGUACUACCUCUCCGAGCUUGUCGAAGAGCAUUCAGUCCUCAGUGCCAAGUUACUCAGACGCCUCAUCUAUGCGGUCGUGGUUGCACAGCUUCUUCUAUCGUUGGUCGACGGAUUCCCUUGGUACCUCACUCUCCUUGGAGUAGCCAGUCAUGGUGUCUACGCAACGAACUUGCGGCACUUCCCCAUUGUCAAACUAUCCGAUCCUUUCUUUAUCGCCAGCUGCGCAUUGGUGAUACUCAACCACUGGCUGUGGUUCAGACACUUCAGUCAACCCACAGGCUACAGGGGCGUUCCGAGCAGUAGAAGGGAUUGGUAUUCGACACCGGUAUACGACCAACCCACCUUCACGGAAAUCGCAUCAUAUUUCGGUCUCUGCGUAUGGCUAGUACCAUUCGCGCUCUUUGUCAGUUUGAGCGCAGGCGAAAAUGUCUUGCCCAGCAUGGGUUCUGAAUACGCAACAGGCGAAAGACAAGGUGUGGGCUUUCAAAAGGGACACAAGAGAAGAAACACAGGAAUGGCGAAAGCUGCUGUGAAUGGUGCAAGAGAUUGGAUGAACGAGACUGGUGCAGUUAUGGGUCUUUGGCGGGCCGACAACGUGCGACCUUUGAGAGGUUUCGAUUAAGACAGCAGAUGUUAUGAGCGUACAACGCAGGGUGGUUGACGACCGUUAUGAAAAGAAUGUAUGAGUAUCCUUCAGGACACCAUCAGCGCUGUCGAAUGGAUUACAGAACAAACCCAGACGUACCCAGUGCUGCUCCGAGCCGAGCCGAGGAAAAGGACAAGAUUGAAACACAACAUCAUUGUCAACAACAAUGCACCCGAGCUCCUUGGAUGGCGGAUCUCGAACAGGAACAGGAAAAAUUGAAGGGUAUAAACGCUAGUCGCACGCUACUAUUGAAAAGCAAAUCUCGGAGAUGACCAUCGGCCAGGAGGUUCAGAUGGACUUCCUGUCGUUGGAUUAAUGCUUUACUCUGUGGCCACACUUCAACGCCGGUCUUUCCAAGUCACUUCCCUAUUCCGAGCUUCAAAGCUAUCGUAUGCUCGCAACAAGCGGAUCCAUCAGCAUCACUCCUUUCCCCGCCGCGACGAACUGACCUAAGACGGUCGGCGACCCAAAGUGCCCGUGCAUAAUGGUUCUUCUGCAGCCGUCUGUUCCCGCCCUUCAACGUUGGGCCAAAAUCUCGUCUCCACAUCAAGGAUGUGCAUCCAAACGGCUUUAUACACGUCCAACCUCCGGACGAUCGCGUCUUCUCGCUCGGCCAGUAAAUCUGUGACCUCGGCAAUGUCUUUAACAAACUUCUCAAAGUCGGGGCUCGUCCAGUUUGGAAUGAAUGCAUCACGCAAGGCACCACCAUCAGCAUCUGCCUCCGGUUUGAUCGCUCCCGGCGCGGUCAUGAAUGAUGAUGCAUAUGUCCAUGCACUCAGAUAGCACGUCUCGGUGGCCCAGAGUACGACAAGCCCUUCUAGCAGACUCAUACUGGGAUCGGUCCAGAAUGCUCGAAACAGGUCAAGAUAUUGUUUCGUGGCAGCUUCGGCAGUAAAUACUCCAUCCGAUCUGCUAGGUGCGUCGAGUUGGAGGUCAUAUUUCGCAGCGGUGUCUGUGAAGAAUUGCAGCUCUCGAUGGAUGUUCUCAAGCGCUGAAGAGAGCAGUUUGACGAUGCGCCAGCGCAGUGAGGAUGAUUUGUCAGUAACAUUGACAUACGGCAAGUCGACUCGAGCAAUCAGAGCGCCAAUGAAGCCGAUGUAAGACUGGGCGUAAAGACGAUCUUGCGAGAGCCAGCGUGAUAGUGUUGUCUUUGGAAGCGUUCCGAGUCCAGCGAGACGCAGGAAAGGGUGUUGCGUUGCCACAUGGUAGGAUUGAGGGGCCGAGUUCAGCAGGAUCUUUGUCAAGGAAGGAGGUUGGUCGAGUUGGGAUGGCUGAAGAGCCGCAGGAGGUGAGGAGAGAUUGUGUACCGGCUCACUGGGUUUGUACUUGUGGCCAGGCGCUGGAGGAAAGGUGUAGUUGGUAGGACUUGGAAGUUCGUGGGGUGGCUCGGGUGGCAUAUCCAUGGCUGUUGGUUUGACAAAGGUGCAAGAAAGCUGGGAGCCACAGAGGCCAAUAUUACCUGGUAUUGCUGUUAUAUAAGGUACUUCUGGUCUCGUAGCUGGCUAAUUCGACCAGCUCCCCGAACGAAUAAUUGACGAAGC